AUGUCCGAAUUCAACAGACCCAAGAAAUCCACUGAUCCCACUGAUCCCAACAAACAACCCAACGAAUCAGUCUCGCUCUCCCAAAUCCCCAUCCCUUCCACAUCCGAUUCCCAUCCACCAUUUUCCGCAUCACUCGCUCCAUCAUCCCCUUCUUCAUCUCCUCAUGCGGGUUGCCUUUCCCAUUCAUCCGACUCUCCUUCUGCUCCUCGUCCUUCUCUUCCUCUUCCGCCUUGUUCGCUCUCUCUCGCAUCUUUAGAAGUUGUAUUAGAAUCAGAAUCAGAAUCAUACACGAACGAUUCAAACGAUUCAAAAGUGUCAAACAAUUCAAACAAUUCAAACUCACCAAACCCCCCACAAGAGUCUCACACAGAACCUCCACAAAACUCACACACAUCCCCAAACGAAGAAAAUUCCCAAAACUCAGAAGAGCCUCCCACCUUACCUCUCCCAAGCUCACCAACCCCACCACCCCUCCCCCUCACAAUCCCCCUCCUAGCAUUCACCUCCCGCCAACCUAAAUCCUCAACUCCACUCCUCGAUUGCGGAACUAUAACUUUUACUCCCGAGGAACUGAUCGAUGCAAGGAGUGAACCCGUGGAAGACAGACGAAUGGAUGAUGGGAUUGCAGAGAGUUAUGGAGUUAAUGAUGAUGCUAAUAUCGGUUCGGAAUCUACUCUCACUCACACCCCACUCGGAAAUCCCGGGAGUAGCGUAGGAGACGUAGGCCUAGGAUGCGCACUGCGACGUGAAAAGCUAUCCAACAUUGGCAUUGGAGCACUAGAGAUAUAUGGUCAAAGAAAGAGCAAGGGAUUCAAAUAUAAAAAGACCGGAAGAGAAGAGAUGAGAGAAGUAAAGAGAAUAAGACGGGCUAGGGAAAGAUUGGAAAUAGAGUCGGAGACUGGAGGAUUGCGGGUGAGAGGACAUGUGGGAGUGGAUCGGGGAAAUGGUGAAUUGGGGGUGAAUCGACCGAUACGACGGAAUGUGGAUGAGGAUGGUAGAGAAAUCGAAAACAACCCACAACCCAACCGCACCACCUCCUCACUUUCUCCUCCCACCCAAUCAAGAACCCCCCUCGCCACUCUCUCCCUUCUCUCCCUCUUCCCAAAACCCAAAGAAUGCACCCCCACAACCCUCUACAUCCACUGGAAACCCGAACCACUCAUCCCCGCCGAAUAUAUGCAAAGAAUAAUUCGUAUGGAUCCUAUCAUUGGCUCAUCAAGCAAAUCGCUUUUCCAUCUUUCGAAUCCUGGGGAUGGGGAUGGAGAUGAGAAAAACUUAGACAACGGAGCAGAUGAUGUACCUGUGGGGGAUGAACGGAAUGAGAAGGGGGAAGAUGACGAGGAGGAAUUUCGAGAAGAAGAGGGAAAAAAAAGAAGAAAAAGCAGAAAAACAAGAUCCCUCUCAAACCCACAGUAG